AUGGAGAUAUUAGAUGUUUUUGUACAGACAUCCAGCUUUUUCUCCCUGUUAGGGGCUCUGGUGGUCCUGCUGCUUCUCUACCUCAUCUCCUCCUCCAGCUUCAACUUGCAGGAAAACAGGAAAGAACCUCCAGGACCAAAACCACUUCUCCUGCUUGGGAAUCUGCUGCAAAUGGACCUUAAGAGACCCUACAACACAUUAUUGAAGCUUUCCAAGAAAUAUGGGUCAGUGUUCACCGUCUAUUUGGGACCCAAGAAAGUGGUGGUCCUGGCUGGAUACAAGACAGUGAAGGAGGCACUUGUCAACUACGCUGAUGAGUUUGGAGACAGAGAUCCAAUGCUAAUUAUGCAUGAAGUUAUUAAAGGAAAUGGUAUUAUAUGGUCCAAUGGCGAUUUAUGGAAGGAGAUGAGGCGCUUUGCCAUAACCAACCUGAGAGACUUUGGGAUGGGCAAGAAGACUUGUGAGGAAAAAAUCAUUGAGGAAUGUGACUAUCUUGUUAAAGUGUUUAAGAAAUAUAAGGGAGAAGCUGUUGAUACGGCUGGACUAAUAAACUAUGCAGUCUCUAACAUUAUCUGCUCCAUUGUUUAUGGCAGCAGAUUUGAAUAUGACGAUCCAGAGUUUACAUCCAUGGUAGAUCGAACAAGCAGAAAUAAUCAACUAUUGGGGACCCCAUCAGUACAGGUGUAUAACCUGUUUCCUUGGAUUGGAAAAUGGUUUGCCGGCAAAAAAGAAUUCCAUAAAUCGUUUGCUGCCAAUAUUAAACAGAAUUUACAGCUGUUCAGUCGUUUGAAAGAGACCCUCAAUCCACAGAUGUGCAGAGGCUUUGUGGAUGCCUUUCUGGUCCACAAGCAAAAUCUGGAGACAUCCAGCUCUUUCUCCCUGUUAGGGGCUCUGGUGGUCCUGCUGCUUCUCUACCUCAUCUCCUCCUCCAGCUUCAACUCGCAGGAGAUCAGGAAAGAACCUCCAGGACCAAAACCACUUCCCCUGCUUGGGAAUCUGCUGCAACUCGACCUUAAGAUACCCUACAACACAUUAUUGAAGCUUUCCAAGAAAUAUGGGUCAGUGUUCACCGUCUAUUUGGGACCCAAGAAAGUGGUGGUCCUGGCUGGAUACAAGACAGUGAAGGAGGCACUUGUCAACUACGCUGAUGAGUUUGGAGACAGAGAUCCAAUGCUAAUUAUGCAUGAAGUUAUUAAAGGAAAUGGUAUUAUAUGGUCCAAUGGCGAUUUAUGGAAGGAGAUGAGGCGCUUUACCAUAACCAACCUGAGAGACUUUGGGAUGGGCAAGAAGACUUGUGAGGACAAAAUCAUUGAGGAAUGUGACUAUCUUGUUAAAGUGUUUAAGAAAUAUAAGGGAGAAGCUGUUGAUACGGCUGGACCAAUAAACUAUGCAGUCUCUAACAUUAUCUGCUCCAUUGUUUAUGGCAGCAGAUUUGAAUAUGACGAUCCAGAGUUUACAUCCAUGGUAGAUCGAACAAGCAGAAACAAUCAACUAUUGGGGACCCCAUCAGUACAGGUGUACAACCUGUUUCCUUGGAUUGGAAAAUGGUUUGCCGGCAAAAAAGAAUUCCAUAAAUCGUUUGCUGCCAAUAUUAAACAGAACUUACAGCUGUUCAGUCGUUUGAAAGAGACCCUCAAUCCACAGAUGUGCAGAGGCUUUGUGGAUGCCUUUCUGGUCCACAAGCAAAAUCUGGAGGAAUCUGGGAUUACUAACAGUCACUUCCACAAUGAAAACCUUUUGAUCACAGUUAUUAAUUUGUUUGCUGCUGGCACUAAUACAACAGCAACUACACUCAGGUGGGGACUGCUGUUUAUGACCAAAUAUCCAAAGAUACAGGACCAGGUCCAGGAGGAGCUGAGCAGGGUGAUAGGAAGUCGUCAGGUGCAGGUUGAGGACAGGAAGAACAUGCCCUUCACUGACGCGGUCAUCCACGAGACACAGAGACUGGCCAACAUCGUCCCCAUGGCACUUCCUCAUAAAACUACCCAAGAUGUCACUUUCCAGGGUCACUUCAUUAAGAAGGGGACCACAGUGUAUCCUCUCUUGACUUCUGUCCUGUAUGAUGAGAGUGAGUGGGAGAGCCCACACACCUUUUAUCCUGCCCACUUCCUGGACAAAGAUGGAAAGUUUGUCAAGCGAGAUGCCUUCAUGCCUUUUUCUGCAGGCCGCAGGAUUUGUCUUGGAGAAAGUCUGGCCAGGAUGGAGCUUUUCAUCUUCUUCACCACCCUCCUGCAACACUUUCGCUUCACUCCUCCACCUGGAGUUUCAGAGGAUGAACUAGAUCUGAGUCCACAUGUGGGCUUAGGCUGCAGCCCUUCACCUCAUAAACUGUGUGCUGUCUCCUGUAUGUGAGGAGGAGGAGGGCUGGUUUCAUGCAGCAAACUUAACUUAGUUUAGGCAUAUAAAAUGAGUUAAUUGUAAUGUGUUACUGUACACAUAACUGAUUUGAUUCUACUUUAUGCAAUGUCACAGGUGUAGUAGGAUUACGGACUACAUCUGCAGCUACUUUCUGUUUCUGUUGCAAAUUCCCAGGAGACUCGUCUUUAAAAUGUUGAAUGUGAAAUUCCCAGAAUAAAAUGCAGCUUUUAAAGAAA